AUGAACAUGACUAGAAGCACCGCCUCCCGCGAGGGCCAACCGGUCGUCGCCGUCAACCCCACAAAACCCGACAAUAUUGUCUUCGUGUCGACACGCUUCCAUCCUCUACCUGAACUUGAGCCCGUUGGGUGUUGCUUUCUGACCUAUACGCUCGACUGCGGAAUUACCUGGAAAAACGCCACAGCGGAUUACCCCUCAGGUGCCGCGCAGAAGUGUGGCGAGCCACAGGUCUUUGCCGACGCGAAUGGGACGUUCUAUCUCCUCAACAACCAAGUCUUCUCCGGCUUGAGAGAAAACAUUGCCGCUCAUCCCCAGUUGUGCGAAGAAGCUGCGGAUCGACGUGGCUACGGGAAAGGUAUCCCAGACCCGCCUCCAAUCUAUGGAUUCCCCGGCAGAUCCAUUGCAGUUCACGACAGCAUUCUGGCUUCGGCUGCGGAGGGCUCGAAAGGACACCCAGAGAUGUACGUGCGCCAUGACAAGGGCGUAACAUGGGAGACAUUUCCCUUGAUUGAUAGCCGAGGCACCUUCGUCGCAAACGGCACCGGCCCGAUGCUGGCGAAGUCUGGCAUUGGUCUCCGUAGUGAUCCGACGCCGUGGGUGUCCGCAGACCCUACCUCAACGGGUCGUUUCGCGCUUAUGGUUCCACGCGACUUCACGCUGGAGAUUUAUAUCACGCAUACUGCAGGUGGAACCUUCACAGACCCAGCCGUUAUCCAGACUCCUGAUGCGCAGCGCCCUGCCUUCGACUUUAGUCCGAAUGGUCUCCCUGGUGUCGUGUGGCGCACUAACUCGUCGUGUAUUCUCGAUGUUUACUUGACAUUGUCUUUUGACGGUGGACGCAACUUUGCUGUACCAAUCAAGGUUACGGCACAGCCACAGCCACAGCCUGUUGGUCAAAAUGGUCAGCCAGGUGGCCGGGCUUCCUUUAUCUCGCUCACUCACAAUCAUACUUAUGUUGCCUGGUCUGACGGACGCGAUGGCUUACUGGACGCUGUUCUUGCUGAGAUACCCCUGGAUCUCCUUCAAACUAUGCCUCAGGCUACGGAGGUAUCUCGUAGUAUCAGAAGUCGUGGCGGCUUAGAACCUGCCCGUAUGUGA